AUGUAUACUAAUUUUUUUACUGUGGAUUUUAUACGGCUUGAAGUUCUAUCAGCUGAUAAAGGUAAUUGCACUGCGGAAUUUACUGUUCAAGAAGAGCAACUAAACUACGGAGGUAGUCUUCACGGUGGUUGUACAUGCAGCCUCGUUGACAGUGUAUCUACCUACGCGUUGAUGACACACGCUAAGAAUCCUCAUCCUGGUGUCUCUGUUGACUUGCACGUCUCCCAUCCAGUUCUCAAUAGUAUUAUUGGUGCUCUUGAUAAACUCCUUGAGUUCUUCGACCCUCUUAAAAAUUUUAUUAACCAGCUUGUUAAGUAUCCUCGCCUCUUCCCGAACAUGUUCGACCAUCAUCACAACCUUGUCUUUGCUCUUAUCACUAUCAUCAACCCAUAUUUCUCCGCCGUAGGAGACCUGGGUAGCCUGACCCUCGGCAAGUUUCCAUUAACACUAGUGCAAGUAGAGUCGAGGUCUCCGCAGCACUGUGACCAGAAUCUCAAAUCAACCGCUGGGAUAUCCUGA